AUGUACGGCAGCGCAGGCGUGCACUCCAAUCCCAGCGGCAUGCUCCUGUCGGGAGGAAGCUUUGGUCGGAAAAGCCAGGCGCUCUGGGCCUCCGCCGGCCAGCUGGUGUCCAUGGGCCAGGCCGGGCUGGGCCUGGUCAUCAUGCUCCUCUCCUGGCUCUUCUUCUACGAGUUCACGGAGGCCACGGGCCUGAUGCUGGGCGCGGCCAUGCUGGCCGCGGGCGGCGUGGGUUGGGUGGGCGGCCGUGCCCGCUCCGCCAACCUGAGCAAUCUGCACCUGCUGGCCACCCUCCUGGCCCUCCUCCUGUCCUUCAACUUCAUCGGCCAGGUGGUGCGAGAGGUGCACGUUGACUGCGGCCUGGCCGAGCUCUUCCUGCAGGGCCGCAUGCUGGAGGAGCGCGUGACGGCGCUGCGCCAGACUGAGGCCAUGCACACCGUCUACUCCCGCCUGAACGAGAUGGAGGACAUGCUGACGCUGGUGCAGGAGGGCGCGGCCAAGACCCUGGAGCUCAAGGGCGAGCAGGAGCGGCUGCGCCACACCGACGCCGCCUACAUCGGGGCCAAGCUGGACCUGCUGCGGCGCCACGCGCAGUCGGCCCUGGACAACAUCCUGUCCAACCCCAACCUGAACGAGACCGUGGUCAGGAACCUGAAUGAGGCAGACAAGGACUACCUGCGGAAGCGUCUGGACACCGCAGACAGGGUGGUGGCCCGCAUCCAGAAGCACCACGAGGAGGACGGCCAGGACAUCACGUUUGAGGAGUACAACGAGCUGCUGAGCGCGCUGACGGACGCCAGCGUCUUCGCCGACAAGCACGGCGACGGCGAUCUGGUGCAGGCCCGGGCCGAGCUGCCCAACAUGGCGGGGGCGCUGAAGCGGCGGCGCGAUGAUGAGUACCACCACCUGCUCCCCGGCUCGGCCCACAAGGACCUGGAGCGGAUAAACGCACGGCGCGCGCGCUCGCGCGCCGAGUGGGAGCGCCAGCUGACCCAGAUCCUGGACGCGCAGGCGCGGGCGGGGGCGGGUGGCGCCGACAUGGGCACCCAGCUGGCGGAGCACUGUGUGCGCGAGUCGCGGGGGCAUGCGAUCACCAUGGCGGCAGGCCUGCUGGCGGUGGCCGUGCAGCUGGCCUCCGCCUACGUGGCGCUGUCCCUCAGCAUGCGCCUGCCCCUCAAGGGCGACUAG